AUGGACUCCACACUCUUCUCAAUGUCGCCAGCAGGCGGCAUGGUUAACAUGUCCUUCAACACCACUCCCGAGCUUCAGGAUUCCAAGUACCACAACGAGGUCUUGCACCUCCCAAGUGGCGUCACGGAAAGCCAGCUCGACGAGGAUCUGAUAACUAAGGCACACUCACUCGGAAUUGCUGCGUACGCUUUGGAAAGACAACACUCACCUGGCUCUGCGGCGUCUUCUGCAUGGAGCAGCGGUUUCCAUGAAAUACCAUCAGGUACCUCUAGCAGAGCCCUCACGCCCAAUUCUUCUGUUUGCGGAUCACUCAGCCCUGUCCCAACCAGUGGCAAGGAAGCCAAAGAAUCCCCCUUCGCUGUCUAUGAUGCUUAUCUGGCCGUUCUUGAAGCCGAUUCAAGAACAAAGUUCCGCCAAGGCUCACUACCUACUCUUGGAAAGUCGUCAGCGCAGAGUGUCUUCAGUGUCAGCACCAAGAAAAGUUUUUCAAGCUUAAACACCACCAAAAGCCGCAAAUGGUGGCAGAAGAAGCCAAUCCACGGCAUGGACCCGUCUACGUCUUGCCUUGGUUGCCGCAGCUCUGUGAGCAAGUCACUCAAACUAUACGGACUUGGCUGCAACCACGCUUACUGUGCUGAUUGUUUAAGAUUCCUGAUCACUCAAUCAAUGGUCUCGGAGGCUAACAUGCCCCCAAGAUGUUGUGGUCAGGCCAUCCCAUCAUCUAUGGCUGAGCCCGUUCUUGAUCUCAAGACAGCCGCCAGCUUUCUUCAGCUUGUGAAGCAAUAUAUGACCCCGAAGACUGCCAGAAUCUUCUGCCCCAACGAAGAUUGCGGAAAGUUUAUUCCACUAGAGCGCAACGUUGACCAAAAGACUCCUUUCGCUCUCAUCUGCGCGGCAUGCCACACUAAAGUAUGCAUUGGCUGCAAAUCGGAAGCACAUCCCAUUGGAAUGAAUUGCCCGACAGACUGGGAGCUCGACGCUCUCAUGAAGAUUGGCCAAAAAGCAGCGUGGAAGCGGUGCUAUAGCUGCCGCCAGCUUGCUGGUCUGGCUGACGGUGCAACACAUAUUGUAUGUGAAUGCGAUGCAGAGAUGUGCCACGUCUGUGGAGCAUCGUGGAACUCAACGACAGGCUGUCCAAAUCUGUGCAAUGACGAGGCUGAGAUUGCCAAGCGUCGAAAGAGUGCGGAGCAUGAUGUGUCUGCAACCGACGAUUGUGAAUUUAGACAGUCUACGCGCUCAAGAACGACUGAUGAGAUAAUGGCGUUGUCUCGCAACCAAACAGUUGAAAUGGAGCGCUUCUGCAACUUUAUGAAGCAAGCCUUGUCUGGUAUGCGUGUACGGCACUCGACAGAAAAUCUAGCCAUGAUUAAAAAGCAUGCCCGCCAAACCGAAGACACAAAAGGAAAGCACACACAAGCCAUUGCAUCGUUGGAAGAUCGACAAGUAGCAGCUGAGAUUGAACUGUUGCACACUCUCGAGCAGAGCGAGAAGAGUGUGAAGUUGCGUUUGAAGCACAUGGAAGCCUACUGCAAAAGCAAGGACAAUCAGGCCAGUGGGGGCAUGCCGUCGCGUGUUGUUACAGAGCGAGACCUGCACGAGCUUGAGCAGCAAUAUGCAUUGCUUGAAGGCAUGGAACGUCAGCAUCAAGCCAAGAUCAACGUUAUGAGAGAGAGACAGACCAAGCGUAUGCGAGAGUUGGUGGAGAAACAGGAGAAUGAGCUGGAGCAGCUCAGCAGUCUACAGCGAGACGAGCUAUCAUCACAAGAACUUCGGUUUGCAGCAGACCAGAAGUGCUCACGCGAGAUGUUCCGCUCUCGCCAGAUUCGCAUCACAACACGUUGGGCUUUGCAAAUGGAGGUCCUCUGCAAGGACCAGGGCGAGCAGAGCAACACCAGCUGUACAUCCAUUCCCACUCCAUCAUGGCCGGUAUGCGAUGGUGUCUAG